GAGAUUAUCAGCACGCAGGUCCUUGACUCACUCCCUCCCUCCCGGCGGGUGCUGCCUGGUGGAACGCGGCCCGGAGCUCGAGCUGUGCGGGCGUCACUCUUAUUGAGCCCAGUCAUGGCCGCCUAUCCGGACGACUCCUUCCCUUAUCAGGGACUUUUACCGAAGAAAGAGACUGGCGCUGCAUCUUUCCUCUCCCGAUACCCAGAAUACGAUGGAAGGGGGAUUCUCAUUGCUAUCUUAGAUACGGGAGUGGACCCCGGAGCACAGGGACUCCAGGUCACAAGUGAUGGAAAGCCAAAAAUAAUUGACAUCAUUGAUACCACAGGGAGUGGGGAUGUGAACACAUCCACAAUAGUCAAGCCAAAAGAUGGGAUAAUUACUGGCAUUUCAGGAAGAACCCUUAAGAUUCCUGAAAAUUGGAUAAAUCCAUCUGAAAACUAUCAUGUUGGUCUCAAAAAUGGAUAUGAAAUUUUCCCUAAAACACUUAGGGAAAGAAUACAGAAAGAAAAACGUGAGAAACUCUGGGAUCCAGUUCAUCGCAAUUGUUUGGCAGAAGCUUGCAGAGAACUUGAUGAGUUUGAUAGUACUCAUACAAGUUUGUCACAAGUAGAAAAGAUAGAGCGAGAAGAACUGCAGACUCAAGUAGAAAUGCUGAAUUCUAUGGAGAAAAAAUAUUGUGAUUCAGGUCCUUCCUACGACUGCCUGGUAUGGCAUGAUGGUGAGACUUGGAGAGCCUGUGUAGAUACAAGUGAAUUGGGGGAUCUCAGUAACUGCAGUGUAUUGAGAAACUACAGUGUGGCCCAGGAAUAUGCAUCGUUAGGAUUAUCUGAGAUGCUCAACUACUCCAUCAAUGUGUACGAUGAAGGCAAUACACUCUGUAUUGUGGCAAGUGGAGGAGCCCAUGGGACACACGUAGCUAGCAUUGCUGCUGGCUUCUUUCCAGAUGAUCCUGAACGGAAUGGUAUAGCACCGGGGGCUCAAAUUCUUGCUGUGAAGAUUGGUGACACAAGACUUAGCACCAUGGAAACUGGUACAGGGUUGAUCAGAGCUAUGAUUGAAACGAUAAAAUACAAAUGUGAUCUUGUUAACUACAGUUAUGGUGAGGCUACACAUUGGCCCAAUGCUGGAUGCAUUUGCGAAGUGAUUAAUGAUGCAGUAUUGAAACAUAAUGUGAUCUACGUGUCAAGUGCAGGCAACAAUGGACCUUGCCUUUCUACUGUAGGAUGCCCAGGUGGAACGACUUCCAGUGUCAUUGGUGUUGGUGCAUAUGUCUCACCCGACAUGAUGGUUUCUGAAUACUCCUUGCGAGAGAAGCUGCCUGCCAACCAGUACACCUGGUCUUCAAGGGGGCCAUGUGCUGAUGGAGCUCUUGGAGUGAGUAUCAGUGCGCCAGGUGGUGCUAUAGCUUCUGUUCCAAACUGGACUCUACGUGGAACCCAACUGAUGAAUGGGACCUCAAUGUCUUCUCCUAAUGCAUGUGGAGGAAUUGCUUUGCUGCUCUCAGGCCUUAAAGCUAAUGGUAUUGGCUACAGUGUUCAUUUCAUUCGGCGAGCCCUUGAAAACACAGCCAUGAAGAUUGAAGGCAUUGAAGUAUUUGCACAAGGACAUGGUAUAAUUCAGGUUGAUAAAGCUUAUGAAUACCUUGUGCAAAAUUCAUUAAUGCCCACUCGUAAUUUGGGUUUUAAUGUUUUUGUUGGCAACCAACGGGGAAUUUACCUGCGUGAUUCACCCAACCAUGCUUCACCUUCAGACCAUGGGGUAGCAAUAGAACCAGUUUUUCCAGAGUAUGCAGUAAACUCUGAGCGGAUAUCUCUGCAACUUCACAUAGCCCUAACCUGCAAUGCUUCAUGGAUUAAUUGCCCCGGUCAUCUGGAGCUAAUGAAUCAGUGUCGACAUAUAAAUAUUCGAGUGAAUCCAUCUGGCCUUCGUGAAGGGGUGCAUUUUACUGAGGUUUGUGGUUAUGAUACCACAGCUCCUGACGCAGGGCCUUUGUUUAGACUUCCAAUUACAGUCACUGUACCACUAAGGGUCCAUGAAUCAUCGGGUUAUGAGCUUGUGUGCAGUGAUGUUCCCUUCAAACCUGGCCAAAUCACACGGCAUUUUCUUGAAGUGCCUUAUGGUGCUACUUGGGCUGAGGUUACUGUUUCUUCACUUUCAUCUGAUGUAUCCUCAAAGUUUGUCCUUCAUGCAGUACAACUAGAGAAACAAAAAGCUUAUCGGACCAAUGAAUUCUAUAAAUUCAUAUCACUUUUAGAGAAAGGAUCUUGUUCGGAGGCAUUUCCAGUUUUGCAUGGUAAAACGCUAGAAUUUUGCAUUGCUCGUUGGUGGGCCAGCCUUGGUGACGUCAGUGUCAAGUACACCAUUUCUUUCCAUGGAAUCGUUUGCACUCCCUCUCAACUGCACAUUAAUGCUGCAGAUGGAAUUACUCGUUUUGAUGUAAUAUCUACAAUGAAGUAUGAAGAGGUUGCUCCCUUAAUUAGUCUCAAAUGCUGGAUUCAAUCCUUGAGACCGAUAAGUACAAAAACAAGGCCUUUAGGACCACGGGAUACGUUACCAAACAAUCGUCAAUUCUAUGAGAUUAUUUUGAUGUACAGCUUCCAUCAAACAAAGAAUGGAGAAGUAACAGUCAGCUGUCCCUUGCUUUGCGAGCUACUGUAUGAAUCUGAAUAUGAUAGCCAAUUGUGGAUGCUGUUUGAUCAAAACAAAAAACUUAUGGGAUCAGGAGAUGCUUACCCGCAUCAGGUAACUAAAUAUUCUCUGAAGUUGGAUAAAGGAGACUACACCAUCCGUCUCCAAGUACGUCACGAACAACUUAGUGAGCUGGAACGCCUUAAAGACCUUCCAACUAUUGUAUCCCAUAGAAUCCCCAAUUCUCUGAAUUUAGAUGUUUAUGACAAUCACGGCAAUGCAUUAAUAGGCAAGAAAAAAUCCACCAGUUUAACUCUACAAUCAGGUUGCACACAGCCAUUCUUUGUUACUUCUAUUCCCGAUGAUAAGAUUCCUAAAGGUGCGGGACCUGGUUGUUUCCUCUCAGGAACUUUAACUUUGGCAAAGAGUGAAUUGGGAAAGAAAGCAGGGCAGGCUGCGUCAAAACGUCAAGGAAAGUUUAAAAAGGAUAUGGUGUCUGUGCAAUAUCAUCUUAUACCAUCGCCAAAUAAACAGAAGAAUGGAAACAAAGAUAAAGAAAAAGAUGCUGAAAAAGAGAAAGAUGUGAAGGAAGAGUUUGCUGAUGCGCUAAGGGACCUGAAGAUACAGUGGAUGGCCAAGUUGGACGAGAAUGUAUUUUAUGAAGAAUUGAAAGAGUCUUAUCCUACCCAUCUACCUCUGUAUGUUGCAAGACUACAUCAGUUGGACACUGAAAAGGACCGAAUGAAAAGAAUGGAUGUUAUAGUGGAAGCAGCAGAUGAUGUUAUAUCUCGCAUUGAUCAGACUGCAUUAGCAAUUCAUCUAGCAAUGAAGACUGAUCCAAGACCUGAAGCAGCUACUGUCAAGAGUGACAUGGAAAAGCAGAAAUCAUCCCUGAUUGAUGCACUGUGCCGAAAAGGCUGUGCUUUGGCCGACACAAUUCUCCAGUACCAUUCACAGGAUGGGGCAACCUCGGAAGAAGUAGACAGCACAGGAGAUGACACCAAAGACAGCUUGGCAAACUUGACUGAAACUUUUUGGGAGAUACUUAAAUGGACAGAACUUACUGACGCUAAGGUUUUAACUUUUGCAUACAAGCAUGCAUUAGUGAACAAAAUGCACGGCCGUGCACUCAAAUUUGCAAUAAAACUUCUGGAGGAUAAACCAAAUAAGGAAAACUGGAAGAAUUGUAUUCAGGUAAUGAAGUUACUUGGAUGGAAACAUUGUGCAUCAUUUACAGAGAGCUCACUGUCUAUAAUGUUUCCACAAGAAUAUGCCCCAUUCUAGAAUAAAUGUUACAGGCGUCAAAUUCAAUGAAGAACAUCAAUUUAACGAUUUUUAUACUGUUGUCUUUUCCUGAAAAGGCACUUUUUUAAAGUUUGGACUUUUAUACAGUAUGUUUCAUUCAUUAUGGAUGCAGUUAAUGUAUGACAUGGCUGUUAUUGUUUGCCAUGACUCUACUCUAUUUAAAAAUAAAUUGUGCUUGUUCAAUUUUCCACAAAAGCAUGGUGAAAAAUAAGAUUCUGUUAUGCAUGAUUUUAGGGGUUCCGUAAGUUGAAUUGUUACUGUUUUGAAAUAUAUUUAUAUAUUUUAUAAUUUAUUGAGUAUAUUUCGGUUUAUUGCUUUUGCAUGUUUGGAAAGAGUGACAUGGUUGACCUAAAGUGGUCUGAAUAUGUGUAUGAUUUAUGAAUCUUGACUUUGAUCUCAAAAUUUCAGGAAAAUAUAUUUACUUUUAAUAUAAAUAUAAUUCAUAGGCACUUUGUUUGCACAAUCUAUAAUUUCCAGAACAAAAUUGAGUAAUAAUGGUAACCGUGCUUCAUGUAUAUUUUCAUUUUAUUAUGCCAGUGGAAAUAUGAAAGAGGCAAGUUUUAGAUGCUUUGUCCUAAAUAUGUUUACUGAAGGAAAUAUACUUGACAUAUCUAAUUAUUUUCUUGGGUAAUUUACAUAUGCCUUAUGCAUUCUUAUACUAUAAAAACAUUUUUGAAAAUGUUUAGUGCUUUUCUACCUUGUUUGCCUAAUGGGACAAAGUAUAUGUGCCUAGAACGUCAGUUGCAUAACAGUGUUUCUGCCGAAUUUAUGCAAUUGAAAAUUAAUUUUAUUUUAUGGAAAGAAACUGAAUAAUGACCAUAUUCAGGUCGAUUUGCAUCACUCUGGAAAUUCAGCUAAGCUAUUUGUACUCUGGUGCAAUAUCUGGAACAGGUACACAAGAUAACACUAUACCCUUUUUACCACCAUUUCUUUUGGAGCAUUGUGAAAGAUUUUUAUGCACAUUCUAGUGCAAAUUUCUUGGACAACCUGGUCUCACAAGUGCAGUGUUGGUCUGGAACACCCCUAGGUUAAAACCCUUAUUUAUUUGGUACCCUACCUCAACCACUAGUGACUGCCCCCUCUCCCAAUCUGCAGAACCCAACAAUUUGAUCCCAAAUGUCUUCAUCCUCCGAACCAUUGAAAUCACCGUGACUUGAAAUUCAAUAUCUUACCUUACUUGCUUAUUUCUCAAGGCUCAUGAUUCUUAGCCUGAUCUUCAGUGGCUACCACUUCCCCAACCCUGCACCUUACUAAUAUCUAGGAUCAAGGCUCGCGACCCUGUUUUCUUCCUCCAAAUCACUGACUCGUGGAACAAGAUCCCGAUUACUUAACCCACAGCAAUAAGAUUUCUACAAUGACUUGUUCAGCAGUAUAAUAACCUAAACAGAAUUUAUAAUAAAGCAGAGCUAUUAUAAAGCAAUGGUGGCAUAUUGCAAGUGUGAAAAUUGAAGUCCACCAUGUCGCACUCAACUUGAAUUUGAACCCCAAUUUAUAAAAAGUGAUCAGGGAUCAGAUGGUAAUAUUAGUGCUCUGUGAACAGGAACAGGAGUCUGUUGCACCGUUGAAUGAGAUUAUGGCUAAUAUGUGAGCAGACUUCCUUCCCCCACCACCCCAUUUACCUUAACAUUUUUUUGGUUCUUAAAAAGGAAAAUCUAUUAAUUGGAAUUAAGAGCUUCUCUUUAUGGGAGAGAAGCUUUCAUUUAUUUCAACUUCUAUGUGUAAUGUUUCCAAAUAUCACUUCUGAAAGGUAUGGCUCUGAUUUUAAGACUGCAUUCAUUUACUGAGAUUGUGAAUCAUGACUCCACUUUGACAAAUCUCUGUAAAAUCUGAAAAAAAGCCAACUAGAUCACCGCGUAAUCUUUUAAAUUCUAGGCAUUCUGUAAUUCCUCCACUUUAACACGAACUUCAGAUAUAAUUUGGGUAGAGUUAUCUACAUUCCGUCAAAAGUAGUGUGCUAUUUGUAAGGAAAGAGUUCAGAGUUGCUCAGUCUCUUGCUUGCUGUUUGACAUAGUUAGUCCCUGGUUAAUUAGGCCCAAAAUUAUUGACUACAUAUUUGCAGCUUUGAAAUCCCUUUGUCUUUGUUUUGUUCAUUUGGAGUUUAAUGGUUGAACGCAUUGGUUACAAUGCUGCAAUCACUGGCAAAUCUUGGAUAAGUUUAUUUCUAUUAUCUUAAGUUUUUUGUGAUAUAUGUUGAAUUACGACACCCUCAAUAUAGAUCCAUCUGCAUGACCUCUUCACAAUUUGACUUCUUUCUUAGGAUCACUUUCUCGAUUAUGGUAACUCGAUCAAUAAUUUUGUCAUCAGUUGCCAACUUUAACUAAUAAUCUCUUAUCUGGGAAUUAAUCAAUUGUGGUCUACAACUCAAUACAAAGAACACUUUCUUAAAAUCAGAAUCAUCAGAUAUGACCUUUUACAAGUACAUGUCGGCUGUCAACCAAAAAUUAAGAUGCUCUCUUUCUUCAUCCUUAUUUUUAAAACUCUGACAACAGAUUGGACAACGUGAGGGGGAAGGGGACUAGUGGCCAUACUGUUCUAGUUAAGCAAAUUUCCUCACAAGUAAUCACAUGUUGAAAAUAUACUGUAAUCUAUUCAGCCAUUUCUAGCAUUAUUGGAAUAUGUGGUGUGACAUUUGUUGUUCAGAAACCAUGGAAAGAUGAAAACCGGUGCUUUGUCUGUGCUGGUGCCAUCAGCUUCAGAAUAUAUAAGCAUGUGUAGUCCUUGUGUAGCAAAAGAAUUUAAUAAAAUGCCAAACCAUGAAAAUGCCAAACUA